AUGAGGUGUAUCGUGAAAGACUCCCAUGAAUUCAUAUUGCUUUGUAGAUGUAAUACUCUAAGAAGGCAUUGCCCAUAGAAAGUCUUUUUGAGUCUCAUUGGUGUUAUUCAACUAUCAAUCAGCGUGUUCUUCAUCUGCGUGAGGAAGGGAACUGUUACCACAAUAGCAGGUGAAAAGGAAUGCAAGCUUGAAAAGUGGGCGCAACACGCCCCCUCUCCCCCUCUCUCUCUCAGCCAGCUCACCGGCCGUGCACUCACGCAAAGCACUAUAAAAGCAGAGUGCUGGUUAUGUGUGCCCCCAGAUCUCUUCCUGUGCUGGAGUUGGAAGGCACCCUGGAAGCUCUUGCAAUCAAGAGAUUUCACUUGUCAGUCAGUCAGUCUUGUGGAUUAUAUACCUAGGAGUUUACAGGGAGACCUACGAACAAUAUCCUCUGUAUUGUCGUUGGAUAGUGGAUUUUCAUACGUAUCUGUGAUAAUUGGAUUCUAAAAGGAUUUAACAGUAAUAAAGGAUUGCCAGAUCAUUAAUGUUCAAAGUCCUAGUGGAAUAAUACAAGGCUCGUACUACAACAAUUUGCAAUAGAGCACUGACAGCAGCAUCAACAAGAUUGCAAGAACACCACAGACAACCAACAGCACCAUGGGCGACGUCGACGCAUGCGAAGUGGAGAGCGGGAAGCAGGAGUACACUCUGAGGCCACGGAACCGGGACUGGAAGGAGAGGACCAAGGUCUGGUUCAAGCGGAACCUCCUCAUCAUCUUCACGGUAGUGUCAGUAUUUGUUGGAGUCUUCCUGGGGAUGGGGCUUAGGGCAGCAGAACCUUCUAAAGAUGCCAUCCUUCUGAUUGGAUUCCCAGGGGAUGUCCUCAUGAGGCUCCUGAAGAUGCUUAUCCUACCCCUUAUUGUCUCCAGCUUGAUUACAGGUCUAACCGGCCUCGACGCCAGAUCGAGUGGAAAGUUGGGCGGGAGGGCGCUGUUGUACUACUUCUGCACGACCUGCAUCGCUGUCAUUAUUGGAAUUAUCCUGGUGGUCGCCAUCCGCCCCGGAAGAGAGAACAUCAAGAAGAACCUCGGAGACGGUAACCAAGUGAAGGAGCUAACGACCUUAGAUGCAUUCCUCGACCUCCUCAGGAAUUUCUUCCCAACAAAUUUGGUGCAAGCUUGUUUCCAGCAGACACAAACAUACCAAGCAGAAGAGGAUGUUGUGGAGAGAAGAAUCGUUAAUGGCACGCUUUUAAACUCCACGGCCUCAUAUGCCGAAAGUGCAGAUAAUAUAACGAAUCCCGUGAACGUCACGUACGAAUACGUCACAGUGGGCACGCAGAUUGUUCGCAAGCAGGGAUUCAAGAAUGGCAUGAACGUACUCGGCAUCAUUGCUUUCUGCAUCUUCUUUGGUAUUCUUCUGGGUCAGAUGGGAGAGCGAGGUCGUGUCAUGGUCGAGUUCUUUGACAUCCUCUCGGACCUGACCAUGCAGAUGGUCAAUAUCAUCAUGUGGUACUCACCAAUCGGUAUCAUGAGCCUGAUCUGUGCCAAGAUCCUAGACAUGGACAACCCUGCCGUGGUCUUCUCCAACCUUGGUCUGUACAUGGUGACGGUCCUUCUCGGGCUGGUGGUCCAUCUGGCGUGCCUCAUGACCAUCUACUUCACCAUCACCCGCAAAAACCCCUUCACCUUCUUCAGGGGUCUCUUACAGGCCUGGCUGACAGCCCUCGCGACUUCCUCAAGCUCUGCGACUCUCCCAGUCACAUUCCGUUGCCUCGAGGAGAAUCUUGGAAUCGACAAGAGGGUCACCCGAUUUGUCUUGCCUAUCGGAGCAACAGUGAACAUGGAUGGCACCGCCCUCUACGAAGCAGUAGCGACCAUCUUUAUCGGUCAGCUCAAUGGCUACUCUUUGACCAUCGGCAAAAUCGUCACAAUUAGCUUAACAGCAACCUUAGCAAGUGUUGGAGCUGCUAGCGUACCCAGUGCAGGCCUGAUUACCAUGCUUUUGGUGCUCACUGCGGCAGGAUUCCCUGUGGAAGAUGUCAGUUUGCUCUUCACCGUAGAUUGGUUCUUGGAUCGUUGUCGUACAUCUAUCAACGUGGUUGGCGACUCGUACGGAGCGGCCAUCGUGCAUCAUCUUUCUAGGAAAGAAUUAGAUGCGUUAGAUCGAGAGGAAGCCGAGUUAGAGCUGGAAGCUGGAAAGGAAUUGGAAUACACUGCCAACGGCAAGCCUGAGAUGAGAGACGGCAACGUCGUCGCCGACGUCGAGAAGAAAGACGGCGACAACUGGGAGUCUGGGUUUUAGACUACACCCCCGCAGGCCAUUCAUACCACUCUCGGUAUAACGGCUGUUUUUUGUGUACAUUUGUAUUUUUCUGUUUUCAUUUUUUUAUAUAUAUUAUAUAUAUCUAUAGAUAUAUAUGUAUAUAUAUAUAUUUUGGCAAGUCUUUGAAGAAUAAGGCACGUUGUUGUUUAUGGUAAUGAGGUUGUUUUCGAACGCAUCUGUUGCGAAAAUCGCCAGGUGUGAGGAAGAAGUGGCUCUGAUAUAUAGUGUGGAAGCGGUGAUCAUGUGACUAUUGUUGAAAUUCAUUGUGGGUUAAGUGCGUAGGAUGAUGCUUGAAUGACGGGUUGGGAUAUGAAUGGUGAAGCUAAGUUGAAAAGAAAGGAAGAGAUGAUAAAGGAACAGUGAAACAAGGAUGGGGAGUAGAAAGGAAGAUGAAGGAAAGGAGAAUAAGAGAGGUGAGUGAUAUAUAUGAAAGAGAGGGAGAGAGAGGGGGGGAAUAGGGGAGGGAAGGAAAGAGUCGGAGAUAGGGGGAAAAAGAAGCGGACGAGAGAGUGGGAAAGAGGCAGAGAGAGCGGGAAAGAGGCAGAGAGAGCGCGAACAAGGCAGAGAGAGCAAAAAAGGCAUGUGUGAUUAAAAGAGAGCAAGAGAGAUCAAGGAAAGGAAGUAAGGGAAAACUUCUUUUAAAAAAGAUAGAAAGCAUCAAGAAAGCUUAUUUGACACCUUUUGUAAAAUAUUUUCUCAAAAGCAAUGCAAAUGUCAGACCUAGGAAGGUUAUUUUUCUAUUUCAAUCUUGCGAUUAACAUGAUUAUCUCUGAAUGUUGAUAACAGAAUCAUAUCAGACAUUUAAAUCAAGAGGCUCUGAAACCAGGUAAAAAGUAUUUGAUGUGGGAUUUUACAAAAAAUAAGCAUAGGCCAAUUUGACAGUAAACAUCAAAGUCUGUCAGUUUUUGGACACACAAUAUAUUUCUGUCCAUUUUCCACUAUGGAGUGUACAGUAAGUGGUCAAACUGAUGAUAUCUUAAUACAUGUAGGUCUAUGAUAUAGGCCCCAAUAAAACAAUGAAAGCUCCUUUUGAAAGAGGUUUUAUUUUUUUCUAAAGUUAAAGGAAUCAAUUGCUUUGAGGCCACCUCACACCUUACAACCCGACUGGUCUACGGCUAGUCUGCGACUGAGUGAGAAGAGAUAAAUCGCAAGGUAGUUAUAAGCCUCGACUCCACACACCUUGCAAUCCAUCCACCCUGCUGUCUGCGACUCAUGCAUAUCAUGUACCUGUCUGCGUCUAAUGCGACUCUGCUGUCUGAUUGGCUGGAACUUGGAUUGAGGUUGUGAUCAUGUCAAAUCCUUGAUAUUUUCCUUGCGUCUCUGACCGGUCUGCGACUCACGCUGACAAGAGCUGUGAUGUCACAUUUCCCUCCACAGUCGGGUCAUUAGGUGUGUGCUGGCCUUUAUCCAUACCAUUGUUCCGACUGACAAGUCUCUGGAUCUUUUGCUUGAAAAUUAUCAUCUCUGUCUCCUGUGUUCUUCCUCCGCUAAGGUCGGAGAUCAGAUGUCUUGACCCUAUGAAUGUCGAGAUUGUUUCUUCGGGUGUCGUCAAACGUGUACUUACGUUGUAUAAUCGACUGAAAAUCUUUCUCUGACACAACACAUCAGUAUUUUAGGAAUGACUAAUGCACAAAUUGAUCUGUACAUUUCUAUACCAGUGAUUAUAUCCCAUGUACUGAUUAUUCCUGAAGAAUAACAUUUUAUUUUUCAAAGGAAUACAUUUUAGGAAUUCAUUUGUAAAUAUUAGUACCAUCUGUAAGGUACAUGUAUAGAUGAUCUUUCCGGGCUGAAACAACGCUUGUAGGUCAUUUUUAUGUCGAGCAGCAAACUGUUACGGAUUCGACGCACAUGAGAGUAUCUUGCAUGCUGCAAUUAAACUCUGUUUGGAAAUUAUUUGUGCUUUAUGCAUCAUGGCCCAUGUAGUAUAAAAUUGGUGGAUACUUUUUACUAACAUCCUGUAUAUUUGAUGAUAUAAAACUGGCGGAUAGAUUUCUAAAACACCAUCCCUCUUUCAGCUGGUCUAUUUUGAGACUUGUUAGGGAGUUAGAAAAUAUAUUUUAUGCUAGCAGAAGCGAAACUCUUUUUUUUUUUUUUGGGGGGGGGUAAUAUUACAUGCUAUUUUGAAUGAGAAUGUGUUGAUUAAUUUUUGCUCUUAACACCCUUGGCAGUUGAUGUCAGUUUUGGGACUAAUUAACUAAUUUUUUUUUUGGGGGGGGGGUCAGGAUGCCUAGGUGUUUUUUAGUUUACAACUCAAAUUAAAAAGGGGAACUUGAAUAUGAUACUAACUCUCCCUUUUCUUUCACAUCCAUCUCUCAUAAUCAAUAUUACUCAAAAUAGUGUAAAUAGUGAUAAGCAUUAUAUCUUAUCAGUUUUUCAACUCCGUUGUUACACGUACUUUGCAAAGUUUUCAUCUUGUUGUAUCUUCUAUGAAUUCACUUCUUGUACAUUGGAUAUCAGUAUAAAAUGUGGUGAUUUUGUACAUCUCGUAUUUUAGCCAAUAAUUAGUACAGGGUUUAUUUUUACGGACACCAGGGCUGUAAAAAAAGUCUAUCCUCCUUUUUCAAAAGACAUGUAUUAAAAUUAUUGUACUACAUGCAGUGUAUGGCCUGUGU